GCGCGUCGCUUAGCUCUCUGCCUCCGCCGCCGGGGCAGAAUGUGAUUACGCGCGGAGACGGCUCUUGUUCUCCUUCCGCCUGAGAGGAUAAUGACGGCAGCGGCGGCAGAGAAGGAGGACGAGACGGCGGAGGCAGCGCUGAGGCCGUAACGAGAGCGAGCAGAGACCCGAGCGCGGCCCCUGUCCCUUCCUCGUCCCGUUUCCCGCCUCCUCGAGCCUCAGGAUGUUCGGGCGGUCGCGCAGCUGGGGGGGCGGCGGUCACGGCAAGGCCUCGCGCAACAUCCACUCCCUCGACCACCUCAAGUAUAUGUAUCAUGUUCUGACCAAAAAUACCACUGUGACUGAUCACAACCGCAACCUGUUGGUGGAGACUAUUCGAUCAAUAACCGAGAUCCUUAUAUGGGGAGACCAAAAUGACAGUUCAGUGUUUGAUUUUUUCUUGGAGAAGAACAUGUUUGUGUUCUUUCUGAACAUUCUGCGUCAGAAGUCUGGCCGUUACGUGUGUGUGCAGCUGCUGCAGACCUUAAACAUCCUUUUUGAGAACAUUAGUCACGAAACAUCCCUCUACUACCUGCUUUCUAACAACUACGUAAAUUCUAUCAUCGUGCACAAAUUUGACUUCUCGGAUGAAGAGAUCAUGGCAUACUACAUUUCGUUCCUGAAAACCCUUUCUCUGAAACUCAACAAUCAUACCGUUCAUUUCUUUUACAAUGAGAACAUAGAUGAUGGUGGCCAGUCUCUUUCUGUCCAGGACAAGGUGCCUCAGCUGAAGUGGCUGAAAGGAAAGCAUACAAAUGAUUUUGCCUUGUACACAGAAGCCAUUAAAUUCUUCAACCACCCGGAAAGCAUGGUCAGGAUCGCCGUUAGAACAAUAACUUUAAAUGUCUAUAAAGUGGACAACCAACCUAUGCUGCACUACAUUCGAGAUAAAACCGCUGUCCCUUAUUUCUCCAAUCUCGUCUGGUUUAUUGGGAGUCACGUGAUAGAACUGGAUAACUGCGUACAAACGGAUGAAGAGCACCGAAAUAGGGGGAAGCUGAGUCACCUGGUAGCUGAGCACCUUGACCAUCUUCAUUACCUUAAUGAUAUCCUCAUUAUUAACUGUGAAUUCUUAAAUGAGGUGCUCACAGACCACUUACUGAAUAGCCUUUUCCUGCCUCUCUAUGUGUACUCAUUAGUAAACCAAGAUAAGGGCGGGGAACGUCCGAAAAUAAGCCUCCAAGUUUCUCUGUAUCUGUUGUCGCAAGUUUUCUUGAUUAUACAUUAUGCGCCUCUGGUCAAUUCACUGGCUGAAGUGAUACUUAAUGGAGACCUCUCUGUGUUUUUUUCAAAAAUUGAGCAAGACAUCCAGAAAAGCUCAAUCAAGACGGGCAUCAGAUGCUUCAUUAAACCUACGGAGUCCUUGGAGAGAUCCCUGGAAAUUAAUAAACAUAAGGGGAAGAAGAGGCUGCAAAAGAGGCCUAAUUAUAAAAACGUUGGGGAGGAUGAGGAGGAAGAGAGGGGCCCUGAAGAUACCCAAGAAGGCACGGAGGGUCUGUCCAAAGGCAUCAAGCCAGCUGGGGAGAGUGAAGAAAUUGAGAUGGUCAUCAUGGAGCGAUGCCAGUUGACUUCUGUCACUGAGCAAAACAUAACAGAUGAAGAAAAAAGUGCAGCUGCUUCUGAAAUGUCAAACUGGAACAGGCCUUUCCUUGAGAUGGUGUAUAAUGCCUUGGAGUGUGCUGAAUUUGAUUACUACGCUCUAUUUGUGCUGUGCCUCCUGUAUGCCAUGUCUCACAACAAAGGGAUCCAGCCAGUCACGCUGGAGAGGAUCCAGCUCUCGGCACAGAAUGCAGAAGAGAAGGCCUCGUACAAUCACGUGCUUGCCGAGCGGCUCAUCAGGAUCAUGAACUACACCACUCAGCCAGAUGGCAAAAUUCGCUUAGCUACUUUGGAGCUUGGCUGCCUGCUACUGAAGCAGCUGGUGUGGUCCAAGCAUGGUAGCAUUAUAAAAGAUGUUCAUCUGGCCUGUUUGGAAGGUGCAAGAGAAGAAAGUGUUCACCUGGUGCGGCGUUUUUAUAAGGGAGAAGAAAUUUUUCUGGAUAUGUUUGAAGAUGAAUAUAGAAGCAUGACUCUGAAGCCCAUGAAUGUCGAGUUCUUGAUGAUGGAUGCCUCCAUUCUGCUGCCACCAACAGGAACACCACUCACUGGGAUUGAUUUUGUGAAGAGGCUGCCCUGUGGAGAUGUGGAAAGAACACGGAGGGCAAUCCGAGUCUUCUUUAUGCUGCGUUCCCUGUUGCUGCAGCUCCAGGAUGAGCCAGAGACUCAGCUGCCUUUGACGAGGGAAGAGGACUUAUUUAAAACCGACGACGUUCUAGACUUGAAUAACAGCGAUUUAAUUGCUUGCACUGUGAUCACAAAAGACGGUGGUCAAGUCCAGAGGUUUCUGGCAGUGGAUAUUUACCAGAUGACCUUGGUGGAGCCAGAUGUUGCCCGCUUAGGCUGGGGAGUUGUGAAGUUUGCAGGUCUCCUCCAGGAUAUGCAGGUGACUGGAGUAGAAGAUGACAGCCGGGCCCUGAACAUCAUCAUCCACAAGCCGGCCUCCAGCCCUCAUUCCAAACCCUUCCCCAUCCUUCAGGCCACCUUCAUUUUUUCAGAUCACAUUCGUUGCAUCAUUGCAAAGCAGCGGUUGGCAAAGGGCCGCAUCCAGGCUCGUCAUAUGAAAAUGCAGAGAAUAGCAGCUCUCCUAGACCUUCCGGUCCAGCCUUCCAAUGAAGUGAUGGGCUUUGGACACAGCUCUGCUUCUGUGGCUCAGCACCUGCCGUUCCGGUUUUAUGACCAAGCCCGACGUGGCAGCUGCGACCCAGCCGUGCAGCGCUCUGUGUUUGCAUCUGUCGACAAGGUCCCAGGCUUUGCUGUUGCCCAGUGCAUCGACCAGCGCAACCCCUCUCCGCUUCCGUCGCCGUCCCCAUCGUCAAGCGGGAGCACCGGGCGCUGUGACUCAGCAGCUGCCAGCUCCACGUCAACUUCUUCCGUGGUCCAGAGCCCGUCAGAUGACACAGCAGCCAUCGAGCAGCCUCAAGCAGCCUCCUCCGGUCACUUGUCAGUAGCGGAUGACUUUUCUGCACAUAUCUCAAAGUCUAGCAAGAACCUUGCAAGGAACACUGAGGUAGAAACUGCAAACUUGUCUCCUAGCCUGAUUCCUGCCCCGCAGCCCACAAUCUCCCUAAUCUCAAAUGACAAUACAGACACCCUGAGCGUGGAGUCGCUGACGCUGGUCCCGCCAGUCGACACGGACAGUAUUCUCGCCGUUGGUGGCGUUCAGCCAGCAGCCCCAGAGCUGGACGUUUGCACGGAGACAAAAGGCAGCAAUCUUAGUCAUUCAUCAAACUGUGACGAAUAGUGACGGGUACACGAGCCAAUGCUCUCCUCCUUCAGGCGAGCAGUCGGGGGGGGGGGCUGUUACUGCCAGUUUGGUGACGUCCCACAACCCAGUCCUCUUGACUCUCUUAAACAAUAAACAUUCAGUGCGCCUGGUUGUUACUAUUUUUUUUUAAGAUGAGAAGAAUCACACUUAAAUCCAGAACUGGUAUUGCACACUGAUACUGCAGGGAAGGGAGAAGGAAUUUAAGGGAAUAGGUAAUGGCAGGUGUUUUAGAAGAACCUGACUCCCUGCCCCCGCUUGCUAUUUUUUAAGCCACUACCACGGUUCCACUUGUAUCGGCAAAAGCCACAAUUUCAGCAAAGCAAAGCAAACUGCAUUGCUUUGUGAUCUUAACCAGUUUUCUGUCGGUGGAGGGCUUUCCACUUCAUUUGGAGAAAACGUUCAGCGGCCCCAUGAACUUUGGAGGAAGGGUGUGUGUGUUCCAUCCACCCAGAAUUGGGCAAAUCUUCCUUCUAGUCUGUCACCCUUGUUCAGUUUUGUUUGGGGGGGGGCGGAGUUCUUUGUUUUAGUUUUCAUUUUAUUUAAAGGCAUGAGAAUUCUGUGGAAAUCCCAGUCGAGCUGGCCGCUUGUAUUUAUAGAACUGUAAAGCUUUACUGUUCAACCUGCGUGUAUUCUGUGUCUGUAACAAUUUUAACUUGAAGUUGUAUGCACAUCUGUUGUCAGGGUGGGGAACUGCAAGCGAAAUGCAAGCAAUCUGGGUUUCUGGCAUAACUCUAAAGGGCUUCUUUGGAUGAACACGCGGGGGAAUUGUGGGCAGAGUUUUGUGUAAAAAAGAUUUCAGAAGAAUGUAAAAUAUUUUAGCAUACUGA